CGGAGAGAAAAGAGGUAAAUGGAUCAGGCGGUUGAAAUGGAGAGCGAAAGGAUUGGGAGGGUGACCAAAAAUAUUCGGGAGACAUGGCGUGGUUGCGUGACACAAUAGGAGGAUCUCACCUCACCAAAAGCAGGACUUUUCUGAGGAACAAAGUAAAAACCGUGGCUGUGAGCUGCCUGUCUGAAGGGCUUUCAUUUCGCUUUGCUUUGCUCUCUAACCUCGUUUAACUCAAACAGCAGCAGCAGCAUUGAGCAGCCUUUCUGCUUAGCGGUAUCUGCAGAGAGGAGUGUGGCCAGCAGCCUCGUCUGACAGCUUUAAAGGAAGCUCAGUAUGAGUCGAGAUGGUUGGAUGAGAAAGAGAGCCAAUGGCAGCGAUGACAAUGGUUGGGGAGAAAGGGGCGGCUACAUGGCUGCCAAGGUUACCAAACUGGACGAGCAGUUCAAACUCAAUGCCACUAGAGAAAAGCAGAAGGAAGGAACCGGCUCCAUCAUCUUCAGUGGGGUGUCUAUUUAUGUCAACGGAUACACAGACCCGAGCGCAGACGAGCUCCGCCGGCUGAUGAUGCUGCAUGGGGGUCAGUUUCACGUCUACUACUCUCGCUCGAAGACCACCCACAUCAUUGCCAACAACCUGCCCAACUGCAAGAUUCAGGAGCUCCGAGGGGAAAAGGUCAUCAGGCCAGAGUGGGUCACUGACAGCAUCAAGGCCGGCCGUCUCCUUCCUUGCUUGAAGUACCAGUUGUAUGCUAAACAGAAGAACACGCUCUUCCCCGCCGUGAUUCUGCGCCACACCUCAGAGAUGUCCGAACCGAGCCACUGUCCCCUUCAGCAGAGCAUGCAUCAAAAGCCUCUUUUGCCACCGCACAACACAGAGCCCUCUGUUCCCCGCAGCGGGGGAUCCUCAAACAACCCCUUCCCUGUCCCCGGCUGCAGCGAAGCCGAGCCUCAGUCCGUCCGCCGCAGCUCCAAAGCGAGCUUGGAUUACCACCAACCGAGUCAUUUGAAAUCCAGUCAACUCGUUUCAGGUUCCCUGUACAUAAGCCGAUCUUUAUACAAGAACCCAAUUCCCAACAAGGGCCACAUAAAGCUCCCGCACAAGUCUCCCGGUUCUGCUCACAUGAAUGAGGAAGACUUAAAAAUAAAUGGAGUUCUCCAGACCUCACCGGAUACCUCGAGCCAUUCUAAAAUGACGGAAAUGCUAGAGCGCGGAGAUCCUUGUCUUGCCGGGGCCUCGGCCGCUGUGGGAGAAGCCCCCCUGACCAAUGGACACGCUCACCUUUUUAACGGUGCCUUAAAGCCAGAGGACUCGUCCCCUGUUGCAGAUCCACGAUCCUCUGACGGGGACGCGUCCAUAUGUAGAGCAAAGAGUUCAACAGAGAAACCUCAGAGUUCUUCAGUGCAGUCACACACCAAACCUGAUCCAUAUGAGUUCCCCCCCAGCCCUCCAAAGCAAUCAGACUCUCUUCCUAUUCAUCUAGAGCAAUCCAGCACACAAGACGGAGGCCUUUGUGACCCUAAACCUUCGUCGUCCUCCUCUCAUGAGGCUUUGAGAGCCAACAAACCCCAGACGCCUUUGAAAUGUCUCCAACCUCCCACUCAGGUUGAGCUGAUUUCGGAGCAGACUUCCCAAUCUCCUCCUUCUUGUUCCCUUUCGUCCGUUAGAUUAAACGGAAGUCACCACAAAGUGUUUCUGACUGACGCCCCUCUCCCGAACACGGCCCGCGUGGCAGCCAAGCCCGAUCCUCCCACCGAGGCGUCCUCAGCCUCCACGUCCUCGGACCAGCUGCUGGAGCAGACGGGCGGUCUGAUCUCGGAGUUUUACUCUCACUCGCGUUUGCACCAGAUCUCCACUUGGAGGAUCGCUUUCUCCGAGUAUGUCAACGAACUACACAGCAAACGGAAGACUGAGGGGAGCCCAUCCUAUCCCGGGAAAGAUCGACUGAGGAAAUCUAUGGCACAGCGAUCCUCUCAUGGACAAGCAGGCUCAUCAUCGGCAGGCAGUGUGAAAUCGUGCAUCUUCCACGUGGACAUGGACUGCUUCUUUGUGUCUGUGGGGAUCCGACACAGACCAGAACUUAAAGGGAAGCCUGUGGCUGUCACCAGUAACCGUGGACUGGGCAAAGUCCCCAUCAGACCUGGAGCCAACCAUCAGGUGGAGCUGCAGUACUACCAGAUGAGGCAUACUCAUCCUCAGCCAGAGAAAGCAGAUGACGACCUCUCUGUAACUCCCUCGCAAGACAUCCCUGACUCCCAUGGAAACGGUGUGAACCCGGACGCUGCUGGCCUGUCGAUGGCAGAGAUUGCAUCUUGCAGUUACGAGGCCAGGCAGGCGGGUGUGAGGAACGGGAUGUUUUUUGGCAAAGCGAAGCAGCUGUGCCCCUCGCUGCAGUCGGUCCCGUACGACUUUGACGCCUACAAGGAGGUGGCUCUGAACAUGUAUGAAAUCCUGGCCAGUUACACCCACGACAUCGAGGCUCUCAGCUGUGACGAAGCUCUUAUAGAUGCUUCUCAUCUGCUGGCUGAGGUGGGCGUUACUCCAGACGAUUUGGCCGAAGCCAUUAGAGCAGACAUCCAGGGGAAAACGGGAUGCUGUGCCUCAGUGGGAAUGGGGUCCAACAUUCUUCUGGCUCGACUUGCGACCCGUAAGGCCAAGCCGAACGGGCAGUACUUCCUUAGGUAUGAAGAAGUGGAUGAUUUCAUCAGGGACUUACCAGUGACCAGUUUGCCAGGUGUCGGGCACGUUAUGGCCAAAAAACUUGCUGUGAUGGGCGUGAAGUCUUGUGGGGACCUCCAGCAACUGUCUCUAUCUCAGCUGCAGAAAAAGUUUGGACCUCGUACCGGACAAACUCUAUUUCGAUUCUGCAGGGGUUUAGACGACCGACCCGUCCGCUUCGAAAAGGAAAGAAAAUCCGUCUCUGCCGAGAUGAACUACAACAUCCGCUUUGUCACGGUGGACGAGGCAGAGUGUUUCCUGACUAAUCUAUCGAUGGAGGUGCAGCGGCGUCUAAAGGAAGCAGGACUGCGGGGUCGGAGAGUUACUCUGAAGGUCAUGGUGCGCAAGGUCGGAGCGCCUCUGGAGCCGGCCAAAUACGGAGGUCAUGGCAUAUGUGAUAAUCUCGCCAAGACUGUGAUGCUCGCUCAGUCCACUGACAGUGGUCAGCUGAUUGCCUCCGCUGUCAUCAAGCUGCUCCACGCCAUGAAGCUGCAGGUCCAGGACCUGAGAGGGGUCGGCAUUCAGGUUCAGCAGCUCGAGGGAAAUCAGCCCCAAGCACAGGACUGCCGGGGAACUCGGACACGCUCCAUCAAGGACAUGUUGUUAGGCCAAGGAUCAAAUGCCAGAACUACCAACAAAGCAGACACUCGGCACAAGCAGACUUCCUCGACAGCGGCUCUCUCAGGUAGCUCAUCACCACAUCCUUUGACACCUGCUGAGCCAGUCCCUGGGACGAGCAAAGAAACGCCCGUCUGCAGAGCAGCGCCAAAACUUUCACGGACCCGUCUCAAUCUCAGCAUUGAAGUCCCCUCCCCCUCACAGGUGGAUCGUUCUGUCCUGGAGGCCCUGCCGGCCGAGCUGAGGGAGCAAGUGGAGCAGUCGUGGACUAAGAGAGACGAGAGGUCAAAUCACUGCCAUUCACCCGAUCUGCAGCUUUCCUCUCCCCAUCCUGCGCCCUAUGCUCCCCCUGCUGGAACGUUGGUGCUGCAGUUUCCAAACCAGCCAGACAAUCCGGGAAUUGUCCUCGAAUUACCAAACUUCUCACAGGUUGAUCCGGACGUCUUUGCUGUCCUUCCCAAAGAGCUGCAGGAUGAACUGAAGUCUGCCUACAGCCGUGCAAACAAUGUCCAACCCCAGGUGAAAAUGGCCGAGCAGAAGAAUCCACUGUUGCAGCUGAAGCAGCCUGCUGCAGGAACUGGCGUUGGACGGUUAAAGCGGCGCUACAAGAGGAAGAACGGAGUGAGCCCUGUUAAAAAAGGAACCUCACCCUUAAAGAGACGUCAGGCCACAAACAGUCCAGCCAAACACGUGCCGCCAAUAAAACCACUAGAACCUGUGAAUGUACCAAAGACUGAAAUGAACCCGUCCACCUCAGAACAGGACAUCAUGGUGUCUGUGACAAAGUCAUUGCCUCGUCCUGUUCCAACGUUGGCUGGAGCUUGUGACCUAACGGACAUUAAAACUCUCCUACGGGAAUGGGUCACCACCAUCACAGAACCGAUGGAGGAGGACAUCCUGCAGGUAGUAAAGUACUGCACUGAUCUCAUUGAAGAUAAAGACCUAGAGAAGUUGGAUUUGAUAAUAAGAUAUAUGAAAAGGCUUAUGCAGGAGUCUGUGGAGUCAGUUUGGAGUAUGGCAUUUGACUUCAUUUUAGACAACAUACAGGUGGUUGUGCAUCAAGCUUAUGGUAGCAUCUUGAAGAUAACAUGAGAAGAAGAGGAAAGACGUACCCUGUUGUUGUUCUGCAACAAUGUACCGUGUACCAAACGAAUCAUGACAUCUGAAUGAUUACUAUUUGCUGUCCUAGCUUCCCCCGCAGCAUCUUUCUUUUUCCUCAGUGGCCAACAAAAUAAUGGCAGGAACGCAAAGAGCCAUCGGUGUAUUAUUUGAAAGCAUGUACAGUAUGUCACUUUUUGUACAAAUAUUUGUUUUCAGUGUUGGAGUAGCUUAAACUGAAGGGCAAAAAACAGUCUCACUUUCAACUUAGUGCAGUUUAAAUGGUUGGUAAUCCUUAUGGUUUUGUUAUAAAUGUGUGAUUUGUUUUGUUUUCCUUUCCUCAGAUGUUUAGCACUGCGUUUGAUUUGUCGCAGAAGUUUGAUACGGGCAUGAUGUCAUACCCAAGUUCAGCUCGUUCUGAUUGUAAGUUGGAUAUUUCACUGUUGAGGUGCUACUUGUAUUGUUACAAGCCAGUCACGGCUUCUGUGGAUGCAACACUAGAGAGACAUGAACGGGAAGUGAAAUAUGUGACAGACUGAAGUGCAAAGAAACUGGUUAUUCCUGCAACUUUCACCAUCUUUUAUACGUGUGGCAGCCAUGACAGAUGUUGAACAUGCAAUGGCGCAGGGACCUCUAGCUUUCCCAGUCGGCAUUCAGACUUCGAUGUGUUCUGUUCUUGUUUUUACGACUCGGGACUCUGAAACUUUCAAGUACAAAUCGAACGCAGCACAGUUCUGUUUGCUCACUUUUUUUUUUGUUUAUUUUUUUACACACCAGUUCUGACCCAGCAUUGUAGUGCUUAGAUAUUUUUAUUUUCCGUUUUAUUUUCAGCAGGGCAUUCAACUUACCUCACAGGCACAGGUACUAGUGUUGAAUAUAAGAUUCAUCAUGUUGUAGUGACAAAACCAAACUCUUGGAUCACGUUUGGAAUUUGCUAACCUCGUAGCAGUCCGAAUGCGCAUUUGAAGCCGACUGAAAUGGUUCAACAAAAAGACAAUAUUUUUUAUGCGUGUUAUUUUGGUGCUCUGAUCUAGAAGCACUUUUUUGUGGAAGAAGAAGAAAGAAAGAAAAAACUAACUGCUGCACUCUGUAGUGUUUCAUUCAAUUCUGUUUUUUUUUUUAAAGUGCCAAACCUUGUUAUAGAGUGUAAAUAAUGUUUGAAAGACCUUUGUCAAAUGUUUUAAACAAAAUGUAUGUGGAGGAAUUGCCUCUUGUAUUGUUUACCAGUAGUGAAUUCUUAGUAACAGUCUUUAAAUUGUAACUCUGAAGUCUAAAAGCUUGCAAGUGUUCCGACAUGGAAAUCUGAAGCUAGCCAAAGUAUUUCCUGGACAGUAGCAGUCUAAUUUGGGAGGACAUCAACAUAUGUAAUGGCAAUCAAUCAGCUUAUUCAUUUCUCUUUUUUGUCGCUAACAAACAAGAGAGGACUGAUGAAGAUGAUGCGACAUUUGUUAAGCAUUUAAAUUAGGUGUAACUCAAGCAGUAGCUUCCUGUUUUCAACAGGUUCUGAAUCUGUUGAAAUAAUGUUGGAUUUGGAUUGAUUCAGGUGACCCAUCUUUUGUUAUUCACUCUGGAAACGUUGUACGGCAACUGACUUCAUUUCUGUACAUAGGUCCUGAAUUUAACUUGUAUGACCUGUUGUUGGAAGACACAGCUAACUGGCUUCUGAUCUCCUCACAGAAGACAAUAAGUACGUUGUUGAAAAGUUUGCUUAAAGCAGUAAUUAUAUGCAAACCAGAUCAGUCUGAAUGUAAUUUGGAAUGUGUGAGUUUUCACUUUUAAGAUGUUGCUUCACAUCACCUUUCACUUCUUUCAUGAAAGAAAUGGCCACAAGUAAAAACUGGCCAGUGUUCUCUAAUCUGGCUUGUGCCUGAAGACCUGAAGCUGUGAAUUUGUUUGUAAGUUUUCUAAACCUUGCUAAUAAACUUAAACUUCUAAUA